UUCAUAGUGGGGAAGUAGUACAAUUCCUUUUUUGUCGAAAAAUAAAUUUGACCCUUUCCAUUAAUAGAAUACAUUAAAAAGUACAUAAACACUUACUACACUUAGAAUGUGAAUUAUUGAGAGGUAUAUUGCUGAACUUUACACAGACAUCAUAAUCAACUCAAUAAUAGCAAAAACUUCAGGAGAAAAUGUUCUGUUAGAUUUCACAAAUAAAAAUGUGACUUCAAAACUUCUCUCUAUAUAUACUUUUUACUAUGGAUACAUCUCACAGUGUGACUUUUUUUUUUUUUUACAUUUUCACUACUUGCGCAACCUGACAAAUUCUGAUAAAAAAAAUAACAGGUAAAGUUCUCAGAUGUGUUUUGUAGGAAAGGAUGAGAUGAGGACUCAAUUUGCAGGAAGAAUGGGCUUAUUAUUAAUGAUAAAAACUACCCCAUAGAGGAAGGCAGGCAGGAUCAGGAAACGAUAAGGGUAUAUUAGACAAUGAACUAGCAGAGAGCCGCAAACACAGGGGGAAUAAAUAGGGUGCAAACAAGGCAGGUAACAAGGGAAACACAGGUGGAGCAACUGAACCAAUAGUCAGGUAACAAGGUGGGCAGGGUUAGACAAUAGACAGAAGAGCACAUGGCACACAGAAACAAACAAAACAAAGCCAUGUGUUCACACAAAACAAGACAUGAACCACAAAUAUAAUCAAAACUUAUAGUUUUUCAUAGAAGCUGCGUGUUCACACAAAACAGGACAAGAAAACUUGCGGCGGUGCUAACACGAACCAUGUGCAACAGAGAACGUGACAACACAAGAGUGCCUGGCUAACGAAGACAUGAAACCAAGCACUCACAAGACGAGUGCAUGCCAAGUGAAUGAAAACACAGCUCGUGAAAGACACGAAACGAAAAGAAACAGAAAUGAAAAGCGUGAGUGUCCAAUCUCCUGCACGUAACCGAAACCACGCUCGAAGCUGCACACUCUCACGAAAAACAAAACAAGACAUGACAGGAGUGCUCUGUCACAAAACCACAAAUAAACUAGAAAUAAGUGACAAGUAUCCUAUGAAGUAGAUAGAAAACAAGAGUUGUUUCCAAGUAAUUAGAGUGAUGAGGUAAAACACCACACUGAUUAGCAUGAGCAAGCAUCAUUGCGAGAGUUUUCUCAGUUACUUAUCAUUAAAAUUUUGUGACAAAAACAUUCCAAACUCAAAAAAGAAAGACUAGUUUAUCUGUGAAGUCUCUUCCAUUUUGUCAUCCAGUGAAAAUUCUAUUGCUACUUCUGGGGGAUGGUGCUCCUGUUUGAUAGUGAUUUCAUUCUUGUACCUAAUUUAUAAGUGGUUGAAUUUAUGAUGUUAAAUCUCACCUUGUGGACAUUAAUCAGAAUCAGUACGUAGUCAAAUAUGCUAACACUUAGACCAGCAGCAGCUAAACACAAUAUAAUGACACUACUGCCUUCUGUAGAGCUGCAUUAAAGCUGAAAUUGAAUUCAUUUCAUAACUAAAGAUUUUAGCUACUUCAAAACAUUGCCUGUAGAUGUGUGUAUAUGUGUUUUAGGCGCUUGGAUAGCCUAUGACACUACAGGUCAUGCGGUUUGGAGAAUGGAUGAUGGCUGAAUAUUGCACAAAAGAAAACACUCCCAGGUUAAUUCUCAAUAAUGUUGCAAUAUUAAAAGAAAAAGUGCAAUGUUACAAAACCUAAGUUGACCAACUUCCUUUUAUAUCAGAGGAAAGAGAAGAUGAUUUCUUGAAUGUUGUCAGACCCUAUUCCAUCUAAACUACUAAGAGAGGUGCUUCCAGAAGUCAUAGAUCCUCUUUUGGCUAUUAUUAAUUCAUCAUUGUCAUUAGGAUAUGUUCCCAAAACCUUCAAAUUGGCUGUUAUUAAAAAACCACAACUUGACCCCAAAGAUCUAGUUAAUUACAGACCUAUCUCUAAUCUCCCUUUUCUGUCAAAGAUACUAGAAGAGGUAUCCUCACAAUUAUAUUCCUUCUUAGAGAAAAAUGGUAUCUGUGAGGAUUUCCAGUCAGGAUUUAGACCAUUUCAUAGUACUGCUCUCACUAGAGUUACAAAUGACCUGCUCUUGUCAUCUGAUCGUGGUUGUAUCUCUCUAUUAGUACUAAUGGAUGUUAGUGCUGCGUUCGACACUAUCGACCACAACUUUCUUUUGAAUAGACUAGAAAUCUUUGUUGGCAUUAAUGGAAGUACAUUAGCAUGGUUCAAAUCGUACUUAUCUGACCGACAUCAAUUUGUAGCAGUGAAUGAAGAGGUAUCAUAUCGAUCACAAGUGCAGUAUGGAGUACCUCAAGGCUCAGUACUAGGGCCAUUACUUUUCACGCUUUACAUGUUACGCUUAGGAAAUAUUAUCAGGAAACACGGUGUUAGCUUUCAUUGUUAUGCUGAUGAUACUCAGAUCUAUACUUCUUCGCGGCCCAGUGAAACACACCAAAUUGAGAAACUAACGGAAUGCAUAGUCGAUAUAAAAAAACUGGAUGACGAGUAAUUUCUUACUGCUAAAUUCUGAAAAAACAGAGGUGUUAAUUCUCGGACCUAAAACCCCCACAUGUAAUAACCUAGAACACUGUCUAACACUUGAUGGCUUCUCUGUCGAUUCUUCGUCAUCAGUUAGGAACCUAGGUGUGCUAUUUGAUAGCAAUCUUUCCUUUGACAGCCACGUUUCUAGCAUUUGUAAAACUGCAUUUUUUCAUCUUAAAAAUAUGUCUAAAUUGAGACCUAUGCUCUCAAAGUCAAAUGCAGAAAUGUUAAUUCAUGCAUUUAUGACCUCAAGGUUAGAUUAUUGUAAUGCUUUAUUAGGUGGUUGUUCUGCAUGCUUAAUAAACAAACUCCAGAUGGUCCAAAAUGCAGCAGCUAGAGUCCUUACUAGAACCAGGAAGUAUGACCACAUUAGUCCGGUUCUGUCAACACUGCACUGGCUCCCUAUUAAACAUCGUAUAGAUUUUAAAAUCUUGUUAAUUACUUAUAAAGCCCUGAAUGGUUUAGCUCCUCAGUACUUGAGCGAGCUCUAAUCACAAUAUAGUCCUCCACGUCCACUACGUUCUCAAAACUCUGGCCAUUUGAUAAUACCUAGAAUAUCAAAAUCGACUGCGGGCGGCAGAUCCUUUUCCUAUUUAGCACCUAAACUCUGGAACAAUCUAACACUGUUCGGGAGGCGGACACACUCUGUCAGUUUAAAUCGAGAUUCAAGACCCAUCUCUUUAACCUGGCUUACACAUAAUACAGUAAUACGCUUCUAAUAUUCAAAUACAUUAAAGGAUUGUUAGGCUGCAUUAAUUAGGUCAACCAGAACCGGGAACACUCCCCAUAACACCCAAUGUACUUGUUACAUCGUAAGAAGAAUGGCAUCUACGCUAAUAUUAGUCUGUUUCUUUCUUAUUCCGAGAUCACAGUUGCCACCCGAUCCAUUCCGUAUCCAGAUCAGCUGGUGGAUCAGCACCUAGAGUUGACCUCUACAGCCCUGAACGUCAGCGGAGAUCAGGACACCUAGAUGAACCCCAGAGACAGAUCCCCAGUGAGGACCUCGUCACCUAGACAGCCAUCGGGAACAAGACCACGGGAACCGAAUGAGUCCUUUACAAAAUCUGACUUUGCUGCAGUUGGAAUUGAACUGCGGGUUUCGUCUGGUCAGAGGAGAACUGGCCCCUCGACUGGAGCCUGGUUUCUCCCAAGGUUUUUUUCUCCAUUCUGUCACUGAUGGAGUUUUGGCUCCUUGCCGCUGUCGCCUCUGGCUUGCUUAGUUGGGGACACUUCAUUUCCAGCGAUAUCGUCAACUUGACUGCACAGAUACUAUUUAAACUUGUGUCAAACCUCCAAUAUUCUACAAAGAUCAACAAACAAGACAGGGAGUCUAAAAUCAGCACAUACCUGGCACAAGAUCCAGCACAGUUACGGAGAAAACAGGAUAACAAGGGCUGGUUGAUUUCACUUAAAUUACUUUUAAAUGUUUCAUUUUUCUAAAAGAGUUUAAAUGUAGCCGAUAUUGUAUACACAUUCAAAUGGUAUAAAAUAUCUUGUAUUAAGAACUGUAGGCCUACUCAUCAAAAAUAAAGUUAUGAUGUAGUCCUAAUGAAAAUUAAGAUAUCAUGUAAAUUAGUGGUUGUGUUAUUGUUCAAAGAUUUAGAGGAUUAGGUUAAUCUGUAAGUACUAAUUCAAAUAAGAGGCUCUUCUGUGUCAGGUUUGUUGAGAAUGUGCGAAAGUCAGUGGUCUGGAGAAGAAAUAUUCAGAGAAACUAGUGAUUGCCACUUUAUAAAACAGUGGUUCUUAAUCCUGGUCCUGGGGGCCCCAUGCUCUGCACAUUUUCCAUGUCUCCCUUAUUUGACACACUAGAUUCAGCUCAUCAGCUUUAGCAGAGAGGAUUCAAGUGAUUGAAUGGCAACAGAGGCAAAACACCUGAACGCUGUUGCCAUUGCUUUUUUUAAACCCACUUUAGGGCUUUUCACACUGCGCUUAACCUCGGGUUAUCGUCGUUCUAAACACCGCUUUUAACCCCGGGUAAAGACACGUUUCACACCUGUAAUUUGAAAGCGGUGUUAGCACCGCAUUUUACCCGGGGUUAUGAAACCCUGCUCCGGAGCAGGGUAAGUUUGUUCAGUGUGAAACUGAGCGGUGUUUGCUUGUUGCUGCUGGACGCUUGGCAACAGACAGCCAAUCAGAAAUUGAGCAGCAAGGCUCAAGUAACAGUAAACGCGCGUCGUGUAAACUGCAGUCGGUGAGAAGAUAAUAUCAAAAGACGGAAAGCUUGUGAAUAGGAGACGGUAUUAUUCUUACGCUACUGUACAAGUAAACACUAACGUUAGUCUCGCCACACUUAAAAGAAAUUCAAAGAAAUAUUCACAUACUUUACUCCUCGUUUUCUUUAUUUUGUACUCUUGUCUUUGUUUUCUUUUGUCUCCGUCAUGAGGCCGUUCACAUGUGGCGCCUAAAAACGCGUUUAAAACUCUAAGCGCGCUGCUUUCUCCUUCUUUCCAAAGCGCUCUGUAGCUUGCGCUCCCAUGGCGUCUGCCGCUGCUAAGCAACCAUGACCCGCGCUCUUCAUGAAGAAGCAGAAGUUUCCGGCACUAAAUCGCUUGCAGUAGCUCUGCUACUAAAUUUAUUUAAAAAUGGCUUAUCCCUGCCUGUACAGCUGAUCAGCUGUUCCUCAAUCUUCGCUGAUGUAAAGACAUAAGCGGCGACGUUGUUUUUAAUAACUGGCAAGACGCGGGAAAAGCCGUGUAAACAGGUUGCCUGCUGUUCGUCCAAUCAGAGACAGUGAUACCGCAAAUAUGCAAAUAAGAACGUUAACCGGGGUUUAGGAAUGUACCGUGUGAAACGUCUGUUAAUGAAUACCAAGCGGCAACCUCCCGCUCCCUCUCUUGAAACCAACACGGAAGUGACUAAAACUGCAAUUCAUCGACUGGCCGCUGGAGGCUGGCUCCAAAAGGGAGUCAAUCCCAUAGACUCCCCAUGUUAAAAUGCCCAACUUUACAGCAGAAAAAAACAUGUUUACAGCCUGGUACAAAAAAUUAUUUUGGUCUAUAGAGCUAAUUUUGCCCUUCGUGACAACUGUGAGGGGGGUGAAUUUUUUUUAUAACUCAUCCGUUUAAAUUAUAUUAAGCCUUAAAGUUCUGCAUAAUUAAGGGCGUGGCCACUUGAGUGACAGGUGGACUGCCGCUCUGCUCCAGAGUGUGAAACUCGCUAGUGCAAAACUUUUGUAUUUGUACAGAAAAAAAUUAUUAUAGGUAGGACACUGGGAAUCUGGCAAUUAGAUGUUUUAAUGAAAAUGAUCUCAAACUUGAUUUUUACGGCUAUAUUGAUAUUGUACUCUGCUUUUGCACUGUCUGCAAAAUGGUAACUGAUGUUAUACUGUGUUCUGCCUUGGUUUCUCCGGGGCUUUUCUCCAUGAUACAACAUGUUAAACACAUGUCCCAAAAUGAUCAAUAACUCAUUUUCGACCAAAAACGAAGUUAUGGUGUUUAGUCUUUGCACGGCAGCACUGCUGUCACUAUAGAGGGGCGUGGUUUCAGCUCAGCUUCACCCACGUCCCGCCUUUUUGCCCAUUUUCGAUUAUCCGGGAGUGACGCGCGGUGACGCGCUUCCAAGAUGGCGGCGGCCGGCUCCGCCCACUUUAGGCUUCAAAAACGCUUUACAGAAACCUACGGGUGACGUCACGGACAGUUUUACAGUCUAUGAUGAAUGCCCAGGGUUAACAGUUAACCCCAGGCAUAGUAUGAGCAGUGUGAAACGUGAUUACAGAUAACCCAGGAUUCCGCUUAUCCGGGGUUUAGGAUGACCCAGAGUUAACAAUUGCAAGUGUGAAAAGCCCUUUUGAAAACCACUGGGUUAUUCCAGCAUGUGUUCUGUCCUGUAUUCAUCCAGCCACUGAGCUAAAAAAAAAAAAAAAAUAUAUAUAUAUAUAUAUAUAUAUAUAUAUAAUUUUCGGGUUUUUUUAGUUUUUUUUUUUUUUUUGGAGCCACAGUAAUUAAUUUUUUAAUCUUAAAGUGACAACACCCUUUAACUUGCACCAAGAACCAUUUUCAAUUAAAAAUCAUUGUCAGUGUUUUACUGAAGAAAGUGUGUAUUUGUGUUAUGUAUAAACAUCUUUGUUGUUGAAAACAUUUAAUAGUUUCGCAAAGGGGUAGUUCACCCAAAAAUGAAAAUUGGACAUUAUACAAAUAAAAAAAUACACAGAUGUCAUUUUCAGCUACUCUCAGAUAAUGUUUCUGAGUGAACCCUCCCUUCAACUCCACCCAUUAUUCCUCAACAUUGCAAAACACACAUGCACACAUGCACCGGUUAGAGUAGACCUUGCUAUAAAAGACAGCUGAACACUUGCAAACAUCACUGAGAGCAGCUUCUUGGUAUUGAAUUGACAUGGCGAUGCAGAACUAUCCAGCACCUGGGGAGAGCAUGAAGCAGGACGACAGAGUCUUCACUGCCCAGCCAGUAAUACUCUCCAUGCCUGACCAAAAAGUCAAUGAUGAUAUAAUUUUUUCCACAUUCAAUCUUCACUUCUGUAACCCUUGCUGUCUUGGGUUUGGGGCCUUUUACAACUCAAUAAAGGCCAGGGACAACAGAUUGCUUGGAGACAUCCCAAUGGCGCAGUCUUAUGGCACUAGAGCUCGCAAACUAAACAUUGCUGCCGCCAUUAUUGGUUCCAUCUCUAUUCUUAUCGUCAUCAUUGUCCUUGCCAAGUCAUUUGGUGCACUCACAUCAAGCCAUCAUCGUUUAUAACUUCUUCAAAGAAUUAAAUGUCUGAAUGUUUUUUAUUUGCCUAUGCCUUUCAUUAAAACAUUUAUA